AUGGCUAGUGGUCCAGACCGAGGAAGCCCCCGCCCUGACCAGCACUCCCCAGAGGAGAGCGCGGCCCGGACCCGCCUCCAUGAAGGCCCCCCGUGCACCCAGGCCCGGAGCCCGAACACGAAGAGCGUGCGCGGCGCGCCCCCGGCUCAGGCCCAGAGCAGGUAUGUGGUGAGCGUGCGCGGCGCGCCCCCGGCUCAGGCCCGGAGCAGGAACGUGGUGAGCGUGCGCGGCGCGCCCCCGGCUCAGGCCCAGGGCCCAAACACGGAGAGCGUGCCCGGCGCGCCCCCGGCUCAGGCCCGGAGCAGGAACGUGGUGAGCGUGUGCGGCGCGCGUCCGCGGAGCGUGCGCGGUACCUCCCACCGCCGGCGGACGGCCCGCGCGGCCGGGGCGGUGCUGGUACUUACAAGUCGGUGUGAAGGGCAGACCGUGGCAGUAUUCGUGCACAGCCUUUGGCGGCCGCAGAGCAAAACGUUCUUCGCUGGCCAGGCGGUCCGAGCGCUGGUCUGGACUGGGCGUGGGGCCACCGCCCGAGGAAGGAAGCUGGCGGCCGCGCGGCACCCGAUCUUCCACAUCCUGCUCCUGAUCUGCGGUGCUAUUGUUGCUCCGCCCUCCCGCUGUCCCGCGGGAAGUUCCCAGGAGCUACGGAAGCGCCUCAACCUGGAAGAGUGGAUCUUAGAACAGCUCACGCGUCUUUACGACUGUCAGGAAGAGGAGAUCCCAGAGCUGGAGAUUGAUGUGGAUGAGCUCCUGGACAUGGAGAGUGAUGAUACCCUGGCUGCCAGGGUCAAGGAGCUGCUGGUUGACUGUUACAAACCCACAGAGGCCUUUAUCUCUGGCCUGCUGGACAAGAUCCGGGGCAUGCAGAAGCUGAGCACAGCCCAGAAGAAGUGAGUCUCCAACCCUGUGAAUGGUGGCUCCAGGACAAUCGCUGCCCUUCGACCUCGUAGCAACAGCAAUAUUGGGGCGCUGCAGCCAGGCCUGGUGCCAUGAGCAGGGCUCCCUGUGCCCCGGCCCAGGGGCUUCUUCCCUUGCCCCCUCAGUUUUCCAUUUUGGUUUUUUUUUUUAUUAUUAUUAAAGUGAUGGGACUUUAAAAAAAAA